AUGGCGGUAAGCAACAUAGUGUGCGAGUGGUUGCGCGCCCUCGGGCUGGGCCAGUACGCGGAAAGCUUCCUCGACAAUGGGUACGACGAUCUCGAGAUCUGCAAGCAGGUGGGCGACCCGGAUUUGGAUGCGAUCGGUGUACAGAAUCCGGCCCAUCGGAGUAAGCUGCUGAAGAGUGUUCGGUUGCUGCGCGAAAAGGGCGCGGCCAGUGUGUACUUUCAGCUGAACGACCCCAAAUCCCUGCUGUCCGACAACAGUGACAGUCUCGAGCGGGACAGCUCGCCGUUGAUGCUGAGCGAGCUCGAAGCGUUGCUGCAGGAGCAGCUCAAGGCCGAUGGCGUUUGCUUGACGGCGCAUCCGUACUCGACACCGGACGGUGCACGAGGCCAUCUGGAGGGUUUGGCGUCCGUCUACUGCGAGAUGUUGCUGGCCCCGUUCGGUGAGGUGCUUGCCGCGUUGGAGGAGGCCCGCCAGCGUGCCUGGUCCGAGCGGAGUCCUCACAGUUCGUCCGGUGGUGGAGGCGGUGGUGGGUUGAUCCGGGGCCAUCGGGGAAACUCCUGCCACGGUGGUCUGCCCAACAGUCACAGCCAGCCGAUCUACGUACCCGGCAAGUACUCGCCCUCCAGCUGUUUGUCCGAUAAGGAGGAGGACGAAAUCUACGGAUUCGGCUACGGCGUGUUCGCCCCCAGGGUGGCCAGAACGACCCUCCAGUCCCAGCAAUCGCAGCAGCAACAGCAGCAGCAACAACAGCAGCAGCAGCAGCCACAACAGCAGCCACAGCCACAACAAUCACAAAAUUCCGCCAACGUACCUGCAAGCAGUACUGCCGCUGCUGCUGCUGCCCAGCAAAGCUGCCUCAGCCCACGCUCAGCGUACUUCUACGAAUUUCCACCAACGGAUGGCCGCGAGACCAGCAAAAAGCGAACGACCCUGGCGAGGCUCUUGAGAGGACUAAAGACUGUAAAUAGGCGUGAUAGAUCGAAUCAAAACACCACCGGCGGCACCGCGACACAGUCGAGGUCACAGAACGAAAGACUGAGACACUUCCAAAUGAACGGCGGUGGACCGCAGCCAAGUUUCGAGGAAACCAUCCAGAGGCUAAAAAUACAGGAAGCACUUCGGAAGAAGGAAAAAUUUCAACGCGAACACGAAGAGAUACUUCGAGACAUUCGGCAGGGACUGCUGCAGCUCAGCAGAGACUCGAGAGACGACACGUACAUGUACGACGAUGCGGUUACGAAUGUGAUGCGGUUGCCUCACCAUCAGGGCCACUGGUAUGAUGAACCGCCGUACGAGAGCGAUCCGGAUGACUUCCUGAUGUCCGGCAUGCGACAGAUCGGUGCCGCCGGGUACGCCGGUGAUGGUGGAGGAGGAAUGGGUGCGGACGGUGGAGGAGGAGGAGGAGGAGGAGGGGGUCCAAGUGCGACCAUUCAGGGUGGUCGCGUCUGCUACAGCUCGAACGGGCGCGAAGGCCAAAGUGUGAUAUCGUUGCGAUCCGCGGGGGACAUUUCCAUACCACAACGGGGCCCCCGCCGAGGUCUGAUCGUCCCCCAGCAGCCCCCAAACCCGCCCACCAUCAUCCCGCUCAAACACGCCCGAUCACACGAUCGGGAGAGCGGAGAUUACGCCGGUUCUAUAUCGGAUCUGCACAGCGUUACCUCCCGGUUGAGCCAGGUCUCGAUCGGAAUGAACAACUGCACCGCCCGGUAUCGAACGCUCAGCGUAGGGUUGGGUGACGAAUCACCAUCACCAUCACCGACACCGUCCUCCGAGUACGACGACAUCCUGCAAGCGAGUGCGCUGCAACUCCAAAAGCAUCUGCAUCAUCACCACCAACAGCAGCAGCAGGCGCGCCAACUGAAGCUCACCGACAACGGAGAUGGGCCGGGACAACCGGGACUGAUCGGAAGUGCAUCAUCGCUAGGACCGACAGGAGGUCCUGUCGCUUCUAGUACGGUUGGAAACACAUCCGGUGGCAUCCUGCUUGCGACGGGUAGCACCGGAACAGGCGUCACAGGAGGUGCCGGCAGUUUGUCGCUUACUUCCGGUGGCGCAUCCGGUGGCAAUCUGCCAACAAACCUCGUCCCAACCGGUGGACCCGUGGACAGUAGCAGUGCGAGUACGAGCACCGCCACAACAAACAGUGGCAGCAACAGCAGCAGCGCUAGCAGCAACAACAGCACCAGUACAAAGAACACCGUCAACAAUCUGAAGAGCCUGAAGGCGGCCAAAAACAGGAACAAUCUCUCGUCGUCGCUGGUCGGACCGACGUCCGUGGCAGCGUCGGUGGGUUCGCACAAUAAUAAAACCUUAAGCAUUAGCCAACAGAUAGCUUUAGUACAUCACCCCAGUGACGCUCGCUCAUCACCAAAGGACCACCUGCUGUUUGGGGGUAAGGACCGCAACAAUCGGGAUUACAGCAACUGCUUGGAUAGCAUCAGUGACCAAACUUUCCAGCAUUCGGCCAGCUCGGUCGAAAGCUUACCGAGCGCGUCCGGAUCGAGCACACAGGCGUUAGUUCGACCCGGAAGCCCACACAGUUCCCUUUCGGCGGAAGAUCGUACGACGAUGUUGCCGAUCUGCAGGGCAAUCGCGCUUGUCGAUAGCUGCACGAGCCCGUACGAUAAGGAAGCGCUAAGGUUCAAGAAAGGCGACAUUAUAGACGUGCUGUCGAUGAACGCGUCUGGUGUGUGGCGAGGAUACGCAAACGGACGGCUAGGGCACUUUAAGUUUAUCAGCGUCGAGGUCCUGCCGGAUCUGCCGACGACGGGCAUCAAGGGUUACGGUGGUAAGCUGGUCAGCCGGCACCGUCUACCAACGAGCUGUCCGACAAGCGUGGAGGAGUUGCUACUCCGAAUCGGUCUGAAGGAGUACACGUCCGUGUUUGUGCUGAACGGGUACGAGGAUCUUGAGCUGUUUAAAGAGCUUGAACCGGCAGAUCUGGACUACCUAGGCAUCGGGAAUACGGAGCACCGGGCAAAGAUACUCGCCGCCGUGCAGUUGCUGCACGAUUUGGACUCAACCUCGGACGGAGACGUGGCCGGGUCGAGCUCCGAGAACGACGAAGGGUUGCGGUUAAACCACGUCAACUGUUCCACCGGUCUCGGGGGUGGUGUCAGCGUCAGCGGCGGAAGUGGCAGCACCACCAGGAGCAGCGGUGACCACCAGACGUCACCAUUCGGGCGGCGCCAUUUUCCACGAGAUUCCGGCUGCUACGAAGGCUCACCGGUACCAUCCUCGCAGGGUUCGCACAACGCUCAUCUUUACCAGCAACAGUUGCACCAUCUACCGCAGCAACAUCCGCACAACAACGGCCACGUUCAACCGAUGCAACCGAUGCAACAACAGCAACAGCAACUGCAACAGCAGCAGCUGCAGCAGCAGCAACAACACGUCAACAUGGCCACGCUUGUGCCGCAGCAUCAUCUUCAGCAUCAUCACCAUCACCACCACCACCAGCUGCAGCAUCUGUCCGACAACGAAACCAACAACCUGGACUCGGUCGUGGCCCAAUGCUCGAACGAGAUCCUGAAGCGGGUCGAAUCGGCACGCCGCUUCAACGGCACAACCGAGCGCGGUUCGUCGAAAACCAUGAACAACCGGACGGUGGCGAAAAAGGGCGGUUUGCUGGGGGGCGGGGGAAGCGAUGGGGGCGGUGGAAUCGUCAUGGUCGGGGCCGGAAGUGUCACCGGUGGUAGCAGCGGUGGCGCGUUAAGCGAAAAGUCGAGCGAUUCCGGUGUCAGCAGCAGCAGCCUGUCCUCGGGACCGGUUAAGGGUUGUGGCGGCCUCUAG